UGAGAUUUUUUAAUGGGACUUAGUUGGAAACAGUGGACCACCUCUCCCUCCUCAGUCGGCGCCAGCAGCCCCAUUUUGGAAAUUUCCCUGCUCGCAUCUAUUCCUCCCCCUCUCUCUGUUUCUCCUCUCUCUCUCAUACUCUCUCACUCGCUCUAAAAAUCCUUAGAUCUCUAGCUCAUAGGUUUGCAGCAGUAGAGCACCAGCAGCACAGAGCCCCCAACAGAAGAAGCCCAUCCGGAAAAAAGCUCUACUCGAACCAGCCAAGAUAAAACGAAGAAAAAUACUUUUUAAGAACCGCUCGGGAUUCGCGCCAAAUCUCACAUCACAACCCCCAUCCCUUUUCCUUGUUUCAAUUAUUAUAAACUCCCACUCCACUUUGAGUUUGAGCCGUGCAGGAGAUAGAAGAUCGUAUGAUGCUCGUGUUUUUUUUUUUUUUCUUCUUCUCGCUAGCUGUCGUUGAGCUAAGACGUAGUCAACCUCCUACUCAUGAUUCAAGAAUCGCAUCAGAGAGAGCCUCCGCCUAAAAUAGCAUCAGCCCGUUUCCCCUCCUAAAUUUGGCAGGGAGUAGAGUACCUUCUCGAUUGGAAAAUGGCUCAUGAGAGCGCCUACGGCUUCAACUGCUUCUCCUCUGCUGCUCAAAGCUCUCCUUCGUUGCAGGGCUUCGAUGCGGGCCACCACGGGCUCUUCGAGCUGCAGGCAGGGAUGGAGAUGCUAGGAAUCCCCAAAGCCGAGGGCAACUUCGUGGAAUAUCCUAGUCCAUGGCAGCAGCAAAAUCGAAUGCUCGCUGAAAAUCAAGGGCUGUCGUUAUCCCUCCCACGUCACCAACAGAACUAUCAGCAGGAGCAGCAGAUGUCGAUGACGGAUGCGAGGUUUUAUCAGACGUAUCAGUUGAAGAACUCCUUGUACCUAAUUCCUGCUCAGGAGCUACUGAGCGAGUUCUGUAACCUUGAAGGAGUUAGCAAUAACCAGAGGGAGCGAAAGUUGAAGAGUAAAGAAGGAGAGUCGUCAUCUAGGAAUCAGUCUUCUAUUUUCUCCAUGGAUGCGCUGGAACUUCAGAAGCUCAAAGCUAAGCUGCUUUUCUAUGCCCUAGCAAGAGUUCUAAGCGCUGCAAGCCUCACUACAAACGCUGCGAUACUAGCACUACACGUUGACACGAGAUACAAGAGAUACUGCAAUCAAAUGCGGGCAGUGGUGUCGACAUUUGAGACUGUGGCCGGGUCGAGGCACUUCAGGUACCUGCGGGAUGGGAUUGUGAGCCAGAUUCAGGCGACGAAGAAGGCAAUGGGGGAGAAGGAUCCGGUUGUGCCCGGAUCGACCAAGGGGGAGACGCCGAGGCUGAAGCUGCUCGAUCAGCGUAUUAGGCAACAGCAGUCGCUUCAGCAGGGUGGAGCUAUGGAGAGCCAUCCGUGGAGGCCGCAGAGAGGACUUCCUGAGCGUUCUGUUUCAAUUCUUCGGGCUUGGCUCUUCGAGCAUUUCCUUCACCCGUAUCCCAGCGACGUGGAUAAGCAUAUAUUGGCACGGCAAACUGGACUAUCCAGGAGCCAGGUCUCCAACUGGUUCAUUAACGCCAGGGUUAGGCUCUGGAAGCCAAUGGUAGAAGAAAUGUACAUGGAAGAAACAAAAGAGCAGGACAACCAGCAUUCCUCACAAGGGACACCCGAAUGCGAAAGCAACGACAACAACAGCCGGCCUAACUCGACACUGUUACGCUCCAACCAAAACCCUAACCCUAUCUCCUCCCUUGAUGAGGACCAUGAGCAUAAGCCCUUUUCUAGUCACCCCCGCAUCGACUCAGACUCGCUAACCUCCAUGAUCAACAAACAUCAAGUUCCAAGGGCAGAGAACUUGGGUGUAGUUGAUCUGGAUUUUUCGGCUUAUAAUGAAUCCAGUAGCAGCCAGAACUUUGGCAAUGGGGUUUCCUUGACUUUGGGCCUGCAGCAGCACACCGGAGGAGGGAUGAGCCUUUCGUUCUCGCCGACGAAUCAGCAGACUAUGUUCUUUUCAAGAGAACAGAUGGAAGAUUGCCAGCCGGUUCAGUUCUCUAUUUUGGACGGAGAGGGGCAGAAUUUGCGCUAUCGGAAUCUGAUGGAGGCCCAAAUGCUGCAUGAUUUCGCUGGCUAAAAGAAUACUGUUUUUUUUUCUUUUUGUUUCUUGCCCAAAAAAUUUGAAGUGUGGUGACUGGAUUUUAAGAAUAGCUAGAGAUGUGUACAGCUUAUUUGCUGGUAGGAUGAGUAGUAGGUAGGUAGUUGUUUAUGGUGCA